AUGGAUGGAGCCAUAUGGCAGGGGCAGGUAUACGACGAUAAGCGCGACUUCGCCGCCGACCAGGCUAAAGUUAGGCAAAAGAUUUUCGAAAAGUUCUUUAUGGGGCGGCCGUUUGCCAUACCGUACGUAAGCGAAUACGUCGCCAAGACGGUCGGUGAUCAGACGAAAUGGACGGAGGCCCGCUCUAUGCCGGCGGUCAGGCGUAUCCUGUACGACGUGCCGUCGAUUCCAAUGAGAGAGUGGUCGCGAUAUCAGGAGCUGGCAGCCAAGAACCCCGUAUUUGAAAGGUUCCCUCAGUCACAUUACCAAGUAUACUUCUUUACUCUCUUGCUCAGAAUAUUUACGGGAACGCCAGUCCCCCCAAACGAUUGGAUCCUAGCGCUAUUUCUAGUGAACGCCGUAACUCCUUCGGCCGUUCACGUGGUUUACAGCCCUAACUGCAAGGGCACCUCGGUAGCCGCGACUCCGUGGGCUUGCUACUUCGACUCGCUCGAAGUGCCGACCUUCUGCGUGACGGGUACCGUCUUCACCUUCAAGGACGGCGAGGUGCGCGACGGCGAUAGAAUACGCUUAACGAGGGGGCCCCCAUUGCUCUGGUACCCCAUGUACGUGGCGACCCGGGACGAGGAAAUCACGCUGGACGCUCCAUUUCUCACGGUUCCUUUUACCUUCUCGUCGUGGCUUCAACACAAGGGUCGCAUAAUCGACAUUCAAACCUGGUUCAAGGUUACUGGCGCCGAGAUGGCCACCCUGUACGAGUCCACCUACCGAUGCAAUCACAAGGGCGGCUUUGUGGGUAAUCUCUUGCGCCUCUGCUACAGAUUCCUAAUGUACGCGGAACCCGGAGGAGGCGACAACUCCAACAUUCUCGUGUACACCGAACUGAGCGACCAGCGCGUCGCCGUCAAACUGCACGACCUAAACUGGUUCGCGUCUUCCGAUAACGACAGAUCCCAGGACUACGUGGUGUCUGAACUGAGUGUGGACGCUCUAUUCACCGAGUCUAGUCUGGAGGAGAAGGUGGCCGCGUCCACCUGGCCCUACGUUCCAGAAACAAAUAGGAAGGCCGACCACGCUUUCCGCCCAAACAAACUGCUGCGCUCCUGUGUCCGUACGGUAUUUAGAGAUAUAUUCGAGAAAUCGAGGGACGUGCGAUCGGCCGACAUUCGAAAUAUUGCGACCCCGGUUCGCCUAAUGAGCUUUUACGAGUUUGUGAUAGCGAGACUGGUACCCACCCUGACGAAAUACGGCGUCGACACGCACGCAAAAGUCAAUCGACACUUUUGGGCGACCGCCGUCGACGCGGUGAUCAGUGCUUACGCCUUGGGUGACCCCGAGAAACCGUCGCGCUACGACGAGUGGAUGCGUUACAGCCGGUUUUACGUGGCCUUUACAGGCACGUUCUGGGGAAUGGAUCCACGCGCGUGGUCGCGAGCAGAGUGGUUUGCCUUCGUCAGGAACCCGCACGGUGCAAUGUCCACCUACUAUGGCUUUUUGCGUCCAGACCGCGUGAUCGUCCAAGUGUUGGGUCCGACGCGAGUGGGUCUGUGUCCCGAAUCGCGCGAAGAGUUGAUGACCGCGGUCGACCAGAUACUUCCUCCGCGCUACGUGUAUUUCCUUAGACACCUCUUACCGGUCGACACACUCGGUCACAAUAUGGCGGCUGUCUUACGCGCAAAAGAUUACGACGCGUUCCAGGCCUCUUUGGACCGUCUCGACUGGCUCAAAGAAAAGUGUUUACAGGUGUACGUUCAAACGUUUUAUUACAAGAGUAGAAAUAUAGACAAGAAGGUCACUUUUUCAAAAUUGAAGUACUCCUUCCGGUCGUCGUCCGAUUACCCCGACUGGUUGAGCGUAAUCGAGUUUGAGGUGCCGCGAGCGGACGCCUUGAACGCUGCUCGCGUCGUCUGGACCGCCAUCGCGCGUCUACGCUCCGUCGUCGAGGUGGGACUCAGGUUCGAGAUGCUGCCGCACGUGGAGCCCUACCUGGGUCGCUUUGCCAGAAACUACUUUACGAGAGAAGAAGCCGAGCUCCUGUCCGGCAGCGAUUACACGAAUCUAAACUUGAGGGACGACGAGUUUAUGGAUUUCUUAUUUCACAGCAAGGGUAAGGUGACUUGUACGGAAGUGUUUUCCAACGAAGAAGAAGAAGGAGAGGAAGAAGAGAGACCACGACGCAAGCGUUCCGUGCUCUCCCCGGGGGAGGGUAGACCAAAGGGUAGUGCCGUCCUGACGGAAAGACUGGCUCAGGGACUGUUUGCGAUCGCGGUGGAAAUGUCUCGCGGAAACUCUGACGGUGUGCAUAGCUUGGUCGAGACGUACGUGCCUUACAAGACCAAUAGUCUACGCCUGACGUACGACUCGCGCGACGACGAGUGGAGCUUGUCGAGAAGGAGCAAUGGCCGGUACUCCAAGCUCGAGUUUGAUUUUCACGUAGAGAGGGAAUCUGCCCUGAGGCCGGCCACGAUUCGCGACGUUAUUUGCGAAAUGGCCAUGGGAAACCUGGAAACCUUUUCCGCCUUUGCUCUGAAAUUGUUCGACGUUCACCUAGAAAAGGGCAACGACUAUAUCGCACCAAACCCAUGGAUCCUGGAAGCGCCGGCUCGGAUGGGGACGAACCCACUUCGCGAAUGCCAGACGGUUACCGCCAGAGAUUUGGUCGACAUGAACGUUUUCACUUCGGCCGAGGUGGCGGCGACCUAUCUCGGCUUUACCACGGAUUCGUGGGCGGCGAUUGCGCGGUCGAUCGACGAGAUUCCGAACCGCAAGAUUUUCGUGGCUCCCGGCAUCGAGCCUUAUGGCGUGCCUCUGGAAUACGUUCUCUUACGAAUCCGAAAGAGAUAAAAAAUCAUCACGUCAAAAAAAAUCGGCCCCUGAGAGCAGAUAAACGCCAAAAAUACGUCGUCCUGCUUUAUAAAUUCGCAUGUUGGAGAAGCACCGACGUGGACUUCGUGUAAAUGCAUUCACACUCCCCGAUGCCAAGUUUAACCUUCGUGUUGUUGUCGUUAGGGGGGACUUUUUGAAGAAAAAUUUUAAAUGCUGGAGAAGCGGCGGUGUGGAGUUCAUGUGGAUACAUUCACACUCCCCGAUGCC